CAGACCCGGAAGCGGAUGCAGUGUGUAUGUUUAUAUCGUUGCAGUCCGAUUGCGCCAGUUUAUCUCAGUAAUAAGCGAGAGACACGUCGAGUGUUCGUGAUCCGGUGGAAACACAGAGCAGGUCGGGUUUAUACUCAUCACCCUGACUCGUGUUUCAGUUCCAGAUAUCUGGAAUAAUCAGAGACAGUGGAACAGAUCUCGUCUUGCUAGCUUUAGCUUGUUAGCCAGUAGAGUGUAAACAUGGCGCUGGCGGCGCUCUUCCUGCUCAAGCUGCUCAUGUCUCCGGUCAUCUACUGCUGGAAUGACGGAGCCGUGUUGCUCCGUGAUGUCCAGGCCCUGACCCUGUACCGGGGCCGGUACACCACAGCUCGCCGCUCCAGCCCUGUUCCCCAGCUGCAAUGUGUGGGAGGAUCCGCGGGAUGCUCCGCCUUCAUCCCUGAAGUGGUCCAGUGUCAGAAUAAAGGAUGGGACGGUGUGGAUGUCCAGUGGGAGUGCAAGGCUGAUAUGGAUAACUGGUACCGUUUUGGGAGGGUGGAGGUCUCCUGUGAAGGCUACAACAGCCCUGAUGACCCGUAUAUACUGAGGGGCUCGUGCGGUCUCGAGUACACGCUGGAGCUCACAGCCGAGGGCCGGCAGAACCAAGGCUCGUCCCGGUUCUCUGACUUUGCGUCCGGGUUCUUCCAGGGAAAGCAGCAGCACGGAAGCGGUCAGCAUUUCCAGAGUGGCCUCUCAGGCGAGGGUACGGGCAGCAUGGUGGUCAUUGCGUUCUUCCUGCUGCUCGCCUUCGCGGUGUACAAGAUGUUCCUGUGUGACCCCAGUCGUGGUUCCCAUGGAGAUGGUUACCAAGGAAACCAAGGGUUUGAUGGAGCAGGCUACAGUAACACGGGUCCACCUCCUCCUGGGUUUAGGUCUGAAUACACAGAUCCUCCUCCUGGAUACGGCUUUACUGAUUCAUUCGGCUCAGCUAACGCCGCCGGCUAUGGAGGAACUGGACUAGGUGGAGGACUGGGAGGAUUAGGGGGCGGAGUCGGGGGACUAGGGGGCAGAAACAGAGGUGGAGGAGGAUUCUGGUCUGGAAUGGGAACAGGAGGGCUGCUGGGAUACCUGUUCGGCUCUCAGAGGCGUGGUCCUCCUGUGAGUCCUUUCAGUUCACCACAUUACACCAACACCAACAACCGCACCAACACCAGCAGCUCCAGCUCCAGCUCAGGAACUCGCACUGCUUCAGGUUUCGGUGGAACGAAGAGAAGAUAAAUGGAGCCGAAUUUCGAGGUGACUGAUGACAUCACAACACGCGUUGUGAACGAACGUUAACUAGCAAAACUAGCUUUAGCUAGACUGAAGGCGGCUCUGUGCCUCGUGUCUGAUUUGUGGGUUUAACCUUUUGUGUGAAUUUUUCAUUAUUAUUAAUAGAAACUUUUUCUGAACUAUAGCUAUUGAUAUUUACUGCUUGUUGCUUAGCAACGUGUCCUCUUCAGCACUGCAUUAAAAAAAAGAAGACAGAACAGAGCAGGGUGAUGUGAUGCGUCCGUGGACACGUGGUAUUCAGCAGCACCUCUACAGCGUCCAGCGAAGACGGUCACUCAGCUCUGUCUGGAAUUUAAACACCUGCUCUUUUUCCUGUGGACCGUUCAUACAGAAAUAAAAUGUAUUUUUGUA